AUAACUUCCCGCAUUCGGAUCUUCCCAUAGUGAAAGAGAAAUAGAGAGAGAGAAAGUAAGUAGCAUUAUUAAAUGGAUUACAGAUAAAAGACAGGUAAUCGUAGUGACGCAAAAGAUAAAGACAGGUGAAUCUCAUCAGUGACGCAAAUCUGAGAGUAGACUUCACUCUGAGUAGAUUAAAGCAACCGGUCUUGAAGAGGAAGACAAGCGAAUCGGGGGUUUCGUAAUGAUUUCGAUGUGAAACACCACUUUCUCAUUCUCUUCUUCUUCUUCUUUCGACUGUUCUGUUUCCUCUGGAUAUUUUCAGUUACUGGGUUACACAAAUCUUUCUUGGAUUGCUUUAUCGCUUGAAGGAGUUUUAAAUUAUUAGAUUGUGGGAUAACUGCUGCUUUGGCUGAAUUGGACGAGUUUCAUGAUGAAGGCAAGAACAGCUAACAAUAACAAUGUCCAGUCGAAGCGAUCUACCAAGAGUGUAAGGAAAGAUCAAAAGCUGCAGAAGACGAAUAGCCAGAAAAAAGCAGAACAAGAGAAACAAAAGGACUUGGACGCUAAGGAAUUGUCUAGUAACAUCUCUACAGUUGCAAGUGAUUCAACCACACAGUCAGAUCCCUCUGAGGCUUACGAAACGGUAGAUGUUCGUUACUUGGACGAUGAUAGUUGUGCCACUGCCUCUGCAGAUGCUCAUCAAGUAUCAGAUUCUUGCAGAGUUGUGGACAAAACGGAGAAGGAGCAUAAUUCUAGUGGAUCUGUUUGUGACUUGGAGAAAGAUGUUGAUGAACAAGAAUGUGAAGAUGCAAACAUUGAUAAGGAAAUCGAUACAGAUGCUCGAGAAGGUAUCAAUGCCGAUGUAUGGGAAGAUGCUUCAAAUGGUGCUCUUAGUGCUGGAAGUGAGAGUGAGGCGGCUGAUGUAAAAGAGAAUGAUGGGGGGAACUUUGAGGAAGGAUCUUCGAAAGAGAAGAUUGGACAUCUAGAGACGAGAAUCGAGAAACUAGAAGAGGAGCUUAGAGAAGUUGCUGCACUUGAGAUCUCGCUCUAUUCUGUUGUGCCUGACCAUUGCAGCUCUGCACACAAGCUUCAUACGCCUGCUCGGCGUAUUUCUAGAAUCUAUAUCCAUGCCUGUAAGCAUUUUACUCAGGGAAAGCGUGCUACGAUUGCUAGAAACUCUGUUUCUGGUCUUGUUUUGGUUGCUAAAUCUUGUGGGAAUGAUGUUCCGAGGUUGACCUUCUGGUUAUCAAACAUCAUAGCUCUAAGGCAAAUAAUUUCGCAAGCGUUUGGUAAGUCUCGCAUUACACAGAUCUCAAAUGGGAGUGACCAUGGUGAUUCAGGCAAGAAAACAAACCUGAGAUGGAAGAAUGGUUUCCAACAGCUUUUGGAGGAUUGGCAAGAAACUGAGACAUUUACUACUGCACUUGAGAAAAUCGAAUUUUGGGUAUUCUCUAGAAUCGUUGAGUCUGUUUGGUGGCAGGUCUUCACUCCUCAUAUGCAAUCUCCUGAAAACGACUCAUCAGUCAGUAAAUCAAAUGGGAAACUGAUGGGACCUUCCUUGGGUGAUCAGAACCAAGGGACCUUUUCGAUAAGCCUAUGGAAAAAUGCUUACCGAGAUGCUCUGCAACGGCUUUGUCCUAUGCGAGGCGCAGGACAUGAAUGCGGUUGCUUACCCGUAUUGGCUAGAAUGGUUAUGGACAAGUGUAUCGGUAGAUUCGAUGUAGCCAUGUUCAAUGCUAUUCUGCGCGAGUCAGAACAUCAGAUUCCAACCGAUCCUGUCUCUGAUCCUAUCCUUGAUUCCAAAGUGCUGCCUAUUCCUGCUGGAGACUUGAGUUUUGGAUCAGGAGCACAACUUAAAAAUGCGAUUGGGAAUUGGUCUAGAUGCCUCACUGAAAUGUUCGGCAUGAACUCUGAUGAUUCUUCAGCAAAAGAAACACGAGACAGAGAAGAUGAUCACGUAGAAAGUAAACCCUUUGUUUUACUAAAUGAACUUAGUGAUCUUCUUAUGCUCCCAAAAGACAUGCUUAUGGAAAGAUCCAUUAGAGAAGAGAUGUGCCCAUCAAUCAGUCUUCCACUCAUCAAAAGAAUACUCUGCAACUUCACACCUGAUGAGUUCUGUCCUGAUCAUGUACCUGGUGCCGUCUUAGAAGAGCUCAAUGCUGCUGAGAGCAUUGGUGAUGGGAAGCUAUCAGAAGCAAGCUUCCCUUAUGCAGCUUCCUCUGUUUCUUACAUGCCUCCUUCGACCAUGGAUAUAGCAGAAAAAGUUGCAGAGGCUGCAGGAAAAUUGACAAGGAACGUGUCUAUGAUACAGAGAAAAGGAUACACGAGCGACGAGGAGCUUGAGGAACUGGACUCUCCUCUUACAUCCAUCGUUGACAAGGGGAGUGACUUUACUGGCUCAACGACUUCAAAUGCAAGAUAUAAGCUUCUACGAGAAGUGUGGGGUUUAUUUGAGUGAUGAUAGGAUUGGAAAAGAUUUCAAUGGACCCUCUAGAUGAUCUGCAGAAGAAGAUGGGACGAUUUAUAAUGGUGGCUUCAGACAAACCCUCUCCUACCAAUGGUCGUACUCGUACAAAGCCAGUAAAGUUAGCAGUUUCACUCUAUGUUUCUUUCUGCCGAUAUUAUAUGUUGAGAUAGGAUCAUCUUUGAUUGAUGGUUGUAAUUUUUUUGCAUUUUUAUGAUAUCGUGAUAGAAGCAGUUAAAAGCUACACGUAUGUUAUUUUGGAUGUAAUUUUUGUUUUUUUAAUUCAUUUUCAAAUCUUUUCAGCAUAAAGGAUGCAUAUAUUGUAACAUUGUUUUCUUGAGUUGAAUAAGUUUAGCAUUCUUUCA